AAACGUGCAAGUGAAAUGGAGAGAAAUAGUCUGUAAAGCUGACAUUGGUGUCAUACAGCUGACACUUCUUAUUUAGUUUCUAUUCUUUAUUGCUCAGGUCUAAAGUUUAAGCUUGCAAUGUGUUCUCUCAGCCUCUGAGUGAGCUUUGCAGCCAGUUUUUCUCCUGCUGGUUGGGUUUCUGUGCUCUGGGAUGGAUGCAUGGAGGUGCAGCCUGCUGCCUGCAGUGCUGCCAGCAUUGCACAGAUGGUGCCUCGCCUGUAAAUGGCAGGGGAUCAGUAAUAGAUCAGGGCGGCACCCAGAAAUAAUCUGCAGAAGUCAUCAGAUCUCAGGAGUGUGGGACCUCCAGUAUCUCAAGUUUAUGGCAGCCACAUGAUAACAGGACAGAGAUACCGGAUAUUACAAGUCUGCGUUGUGUUCUCAGUUCCUUGUGGCAAUCAGACACCCCCUGAAGAUCUCACUCAGGCCAAAAGGAGUAAAAUUCACUGAUAAAAGUGAAUUGUAGGCAUACAAAUGACUUGAUGAGAAUAGUGACACUCUGCAGCUUCUUUUCCAGGUUCACUAUAGCAGUACACCUGAAGCAAUAGUUCUUCUUUUUAGAAACAAAAAGUCCAUUUGUACAGUAUAUGACUGGAUUGCAUGGUUACAAAAGUAAUACAAAGCAGCACUUUCAGGCAGAAAAGGGUGAAAUGGGUGUUGAAAAUGGUGUCAUUUCCUUCAGUCCUGCCAUGGGUAGGGUCUGGGGCUGUGCAGUGAAAGGGCCCUUUUCUUGCCAUGGACAGAAAGCCGUUAUGCAGGUGAGCACAAAGAUCUCCUCUGUGCUCAGAGUUCAGCAGGCAAAAAGGUUUUUACAUAGAAUGUUUUUCUGCUGUGGAAGCACAAGGCAGGUACCAUCCACUGCACAGGAGUUUUAUGGCAUUGCACAGAGCUAAACUGAACUGUCUGCGUUUCAUGUUUGAGUUUCCUGACCGACAAAGAGAAGUUCUCAGUCUUCAGUGAGCUGAGAGCCCUGGGGGAGGGGAGAGGAGCCACAAGGGUUCUCAUUGCAGAAAUCUUUCCUGAAGUCUGAGAAAACCAACUGAUCCAAGUAAUUCCAUGCAAAAAACUGGAGGUGAAUUUACCCCCCAGCUUUUGCAGUGCUGAUCUGCUCAGCAGUGGAUGAAAGCUUAUUAAUUUCUUACUCUGUGCUCGUGGAAUGAAUGAAACCUCUUGAGCAAAUGCAAAUACAGAAUGUGAUUGUGCUGCCUGCUUCAGGCAUGUGCUUUUGUGCACCAAAUUCACUGUACUCUCACUGGGCAGUAUUUGCUUUUCAUGUAUGUGCUAUAAAUAAUCCCCUAGCGGACUUUGCAAUACCGUGUGGGUGGGUGAGAUUAGAUAUCAGGAAUGUGAGGAUGAGUGCUGGGAGUCUGCAGUCUCCUGGGAGCUCUGUGUCAUCCUGAGUCCAUCGCACCUUGCACUGUAGGUGUCCUCAUUAUAAAGGAGCCCUUGAGAUGACAGCCAUGGCAGAAUUCAGCAAUGUCCAGUCGGUGCCUGAAAUGCCAGAAGGAGGUGAUGUUAAACGUGGCGUCCAUCCCAGAAUGUUCUUGGAACCUCAGGAGGAAAAGAGGAACCUGAAGGCUCUGAUGGUUAAACAAGUGAAGAAAACUUGCAGCUGCACUCCAGCCAAAGUUAAAGGCUGCGUUUUGAGUUUCUUUCCCAUUCUGCAAUGGCUUCCUAAAUACAACCUAAAAGAGUGCUUACUGGGAGACAUAAUGUCUGGUGUGAUUGUGGGGGUCUUACUAGUCCCACAGUCGAUUGCCUAUUCUCUCUUGGCUGGUCAGGAGCCUAUUUAUGGCCUUUAUACAUCCUUCUUUGCAGGCAUUAUUUAUUGCAUAUUUGGAACCUCUCGCCACAUCUCUGUUGGUAUCUUUGGUGCACUUUGCCUGAUGGUGGGACAAGUGGUGGAUCGUGAGGUGCUGAGAGCUGGCUAUGACUUGGAGCCAGCCGCUCUUAGUGACCACAUGGAUACAGCAAUGCUCGUGAACUCCACCAUUGCACCCGUGAACCAGACAUCACAGGAGCUGCUCUGUGAUAAAAGCUGCUAUGCAAUAAAAGUGGGAGCCACCAUGACCUUCAUAGCUGGAGUUUAUCAGGUGGCCAUGGGUUUCUUUCAAGUGGGCUUUGUCUCAGUGUACCUCUCCGAUUCAUUGCUCAGCGGAUUUGUCACAGGUGCCUCCUUUACCAUCCUGACAUCACAAGCCAAAUACCUCCUGGGUCUGGACAUUCCACGGAGCAGUGGCGUUGGUUCCCUCAUAAUGACAUGGAUAAACAUCUUCAGAAACAUACAUAAGACUAACAUCUGUGAUGUCAUCACCAGCUUCUUGUGUUUUCUUGUUCUUAUCCCAACUAAGGAGCUUAAUGAACAUUUUAAAUCCAGGCUCAAGGCUCCAAUUCCAAUUGAAUUAGUUGUGGUUGUGGCAGCUACUCUGGCAUCUCACUUAGGGAGGCUGAAAGAAACGUAUGGCUCAAGUGUUGCUGGGCACAUCCCAACUGGCUUUUUGCCACCCAGCCCUCCCGACUGGAACCUGAUUCCUAACGUGGCAUUGGAUGCUAUCCCCAUAGCUGUCAUUGGCUUUGCCAUCACUGUCUCCCUCUCAGAGAUGUUUGCCAAGAAGCAUGGUUACACCGUGAAGGCCAACCAGGAAAUGUAUGCCAUUGGCUUCUGCAACAUCAUUCCCUCUUUCUUCCAUUGCUUCACAACAAGUGCAGCACUUGCCAAGACUCUUAUUAAAGAGUCAACAGGCUGCAGAACGCAGGUUUCUGGCAUUGUGACUAGUUUGUUAAUCCUAAUAGUCCUCCUUGUGAUUGCACCUUUGUUUUAUUCCCUUCAGAAAUGUGUCCUUGCUGUCAUAACAAUUGUGAACCUCAGAGGUGCCCUGCGGAAGUUCAGGGACCUGCCAAAAAUGUGGCAUUUGAGCAGGGUGGACACAGUGAUCUGGUUAGUUACUAUGGCAUCCUCAGCACUCAUCAGUACUGAGAUUGGUCUUUUGAUUGGUGUUUGCUUCUCUAUGCUCUGCGUCAUUUUUCGAACUCAGAAACCAGAGGCACCAUUACUUGGCUGGGUGGCAGAGUCUGAGACAUAUGAGUCCCUGUCUGCUUACAAGAACUUAGAAACUAAGCCAGGAGUUGUGGUCUUGCGUUUUGAAGCACCCCUCUACUACAUCAACAAAGAGUGCUUCAAAUCUGCACUCUACAAGCAAACUGGAGUCAACCCAGCCUUGGUGAAGGCAGCAAAGAAAAAGGCAGCAAAAAGAAUGCUUAGAGAGAAAGAAGCAUGUUCUAGUGACAACCAGACCAGCAUUUCCAUGGAGCUUGUGUCUGAGCCUUUGGGGUUUCACACAAUAGUGAUUGACUGUUGUGCAGUACAGUUUCUGGACACAGCAGGAAUACGCACGCUCAAAGAGGUCUGCAAGGACUACAAGGAGAUAGACGUCCAGGUGCUGCUGGCACAGUGCAAUCCUUCAGUGAGGAGUUCCCUAAUGCGGGGAGAAUUCUUCAAAGAAGGGGAGGACCAGCUUCUAUUCCACAGUGUGCAUCAGGCCGUGGACUUUGCGCUGGGUGCACAUGAGCACAGCAGGAUCUGUGCUUCUAAGAACUAGCUGCGUGAAGGCAACAAGUUGGAACAAAGCCUGGAAAACAAUAAGCAUUGUUUUAUGUGUGGUACUGAAUGAAUGCAACUCUUAUGUUUUUCAUAAUCUGUAUAUGAACUUAAGAGUUUCAUAUGGACAUUCAUCUCAUUUCUGUCAUCAACUUUCCAUUUCUUGGUUCCCCUCUGUUUUGAUCAUCAGCAUGGAGAUCCUUCUGGAUGAGACAAGCUUUAGAAGCGUUCUAGGUAUCCCAUCUAGCUGAAUGCUACAAGGCAACUCAUUUCUUUUCUCUAGUUGAGAAAUUGCUUUUUCAUAUCAUCACAGUCUUGUAUGUUUAAGGAAUGACUGACAGGUACUGUUUGCUCUGGUUCUUAUCAUGUUGUGAUUGGCUGGUAGUAUUGGGACACAUAGAUAAGGAAAAUCCAGACGUGCAACAAAGAAGUCUUAGUGCAUAGCUUAUAGCUUACCUGUCACCUCUGGACGACGCUUUGUCAUUGUGUUUUAACAGCCAAAUGCAGCCAAAUGAGCAGGGUUAUAUAAUUUCUGUGCAGUCCUAUACAUUCCAGAAAAGAUUGCUCUUUUGCUUGAAUCUCUUUGGAUAAUCUCUCUGGAAUUAUUUUUAUUUGGACAUGAUUGCUUAGAAGUCUGAUUCAUACUUACGGUCAGUUGCUUGUUUUGCUAGUAUUUGGGAGUGCUUCAGAAUUGUGAACAUUAGAUUUGGAAGAUCUGUAAUUCAUGGGUUGCAACACAAUACAAGCCAGUUUUACUUGCCAAACUGACAGAACCAUAGAUAUGAGAAUGAAAAGGGCCUAACAGGUUAUCCAGCAUCUGGCCAAAUCUGCCUGUGCCGCAUGGCCUUCAUGUGUGAAUGCAGGUUUUAUUGGCCAUAAACCCUUUACUUAUGCUCAGUCACGGGCCUUUUGAAAUUGAGAUGUUGGCCAAGGAAAGAGUUCUGCUGAAAACUCCUCACCAAGUUAGUGUAAAUGAAACUUUGUACUUUGCUUUUAAGUAAUGCAGAACAGUGAAGGGUCCCUAUUGUUCAUGUUGAAAUACAGGCACUGGGUAGGAAGACAUUCUCUGUUCUUACAGCAAUAGAGUACAAUUAUGAAAGCAUAAUUGAAAGAUUAACUUUUUUUUACUGACUGCCAGGGGCUUUUGUAGUCUGAACUGCAGUUUCUUGACAGCUUUUUAAAGGGAAAUGGUGUUUUAUAUGGCAUUAAGCUCAUACUUAACCAUUCAAAAAUGAGUCAGGAAUCAAAAAAGUAAGAAAAUGCUAUGUAAAUCAUGAAACAUUUUCUAAAUAGAAAUACGUUUUCCAUUUGGGAUUAUUUUAUUUUUCUGAGCAAUUAGGAACUAUUCCCUUAUUUCAGUGAAUGCUGAAACAUCACACAGUACUUUGGUCUGGAGCUGGGAGCUCCUAGAGGAGAAAUGGAUAUAAGGAGAUUAAGUCCCAGAACCUGGCAACAUUUGUAUGUUAGGUGAACUUACUACCUUUCUCAGAACAUCAUAGGAGUGUGUAAAAACAUGUGGGGUGGACGCUACCAUAAGUGGAAAUGGAUCAUGUAACUGAGAUCCUUGAACUGGAAUUACUAAGGCAACAGCAAGUUUUAAAUAUCAGAGAUUCUAAGGCUUCUGCAGCAUUCAAAAAACACUAAUAUUUUUCUUUCGUAGCCUUAAGGCUAUGUUUAUACAAGGAGAUGAAUCCCAAAUAGCUACUGCUGAUCUUUUUCUUUUCUGCAUAGCACUUUUAUUCAGUGCUAAGAAUUCCUUUCGCACUUUGGGUAAUCACAGGGACCACGUUUGUAUUAUCAAAGUGGGGGCCAGUCAGGAGGGAGCAGCUCCAGCAGCCAGGGUCCUGCUUUAGGACAGCUUUCUACUCUAAACAAAAUCAGCCAUGCCAUUUUUAAACGCCUACCCCCAACUAUUCAUUUUCACCCCAUUGCCCCUCAGGCUUGGGCAGCUGAGAGGGAAUGAGCUGCUCUGAUGGUCCUGAAAACUUCCUCCUAGUCAGGGAUGGAGGCAAAGUAGAAGGUGCUGUGGGUGAGUCUUUGCUGUCUACACUCAUCACUUCUUCUACUCUUUCCAUGCUGCCCAGGAGAGAAUUUUCUUAUAUGUGACAAUGCGCAGUGAUAACAGAAGAGGAAAAUAAAAUGUAUUUAUUAAACACCUUUAUUUAUUUAUUUUUUUAAUCAAUUUCAUUUCCGCCUGUGCUGAGGAGGGAGGAAUAACUGCAUCACUUCCAAGGAACAGUAUAACCGCUGUGCAGGAUGCAUAUUUGUAGCACCUGGGUGUUUGUUUGCAUUAAAGCUCAAUAAAACAGCCAUAAAUUGAUUUUCAAACAAUUAAUUUAGAUUACAGCUAAAAGAUAGACUGAAGUGAUUUAUGUUUAGCUUGAGCACAUCAUGCUUGGCCGCAGUGCUGUUUGUGCAGCCACAAUUGGCGAUGUAGCCUCCAAAUUGAAUUUCAAGCAAUACACACUGAGAACAAGUAUUAAAAUGCAACAGCAAAAGCAUCCAGUCAACAAAAAAAAACACCCAACAAAUCAACUUCUGAUGUUCUUGUUUAAGAUAAUAUCUAUAGGCUGCAAGUUUAUCCUCUGUAAAUGCAUACAGCCCUGGUUGGGAGGGAAUGCAAAUAAAUGGCAGUUUGCAGAGAGUAUAAUAGGGAGUCCUCUGGCAUUAACUGAAGGUUACAGCUUAUCACGGCUGGGAUUUCAGCAUUUCUCCUUUUAGAGCAGUGAUUUUUUUUUAAUGGAGACACAAGUGUAAGUGAAUUCAGGCCCACUGUAGCAAGAAGGCAUGCCUGGCUUCAGUGUGUUUGUGGAUCCUUUAGAAAUAAUCUAACUUCAUGUUCAGGCGUCAAGGACCCCUGAGUGAAAACUGUUGCCCUAAAAUAUUUGUUUCAUAAAGGGAUUUCAGAUGUGUGUGUGUGUGAAUAUAUAUAUAUUUGUACAUAAAUGUACAUGCACCUUUUGCAGCUUUAUGUCUCCAGUUGUUCUUUUGCAAAGUGGCUUCUUCUGUCCUGGAAGGGGUUCUUCAGUCUUCUGCUGACUUAAAUAAACAGUGGAACGUUCAUCAGGACUUUAGGAGGGGAAAUGCUGUACCCACUGCUAUCUACUGCUUCUCUUAUCCCUUCAGUUUAAUUUGUCAUCUGUAAGAGGAAUGAAUGCCAGAAUGACUGCCUUUGGGCUGCCCAGAAUAGUGACGUUUGUAGCAGAGGCCUUCAGAGCCCAGGGCUAUCCUGGAAGGGUGCAUAAACCAGUUGGUCUCCUGUAAGGCAGCUCCCAAUAUCUUAAUCCAGCAAUUAUCUAUCUAAAUGAGGAAUUAACAGAUCAUUAGCACAUUUAUUAAUGGUAACAAUGUGGCAUUAUGGAAAUGAACACUCACAACUAUACUGAAGGCUUCUGGAAGUAUCGUUUAGUCUCCUGCUAAAUGUUAGAUUUCAUCUACAUUUCUUGCUGCUAUAGGCAGUAGUUUUCAGCUUCUGAUGUGCCAAUUGCACUAAUAAAUGUUUCACUUGUAUAAACGUUUUGACACAGGACCAAUUCUUAACCCAUUUCAAAAAUAGGGAGGUGUUAAAGUGAUGCACGUUGUACUUAUUUUUUGAUUUGUGAUGACAUGAUUGCAGUGGAAAUGCUAAGUCACGGCUUGAAGCACUGACUGAGCACUGGGUGGAAGGCAGGGCCAACCUAAGGGAGCUGAGGUGUAUACAAUGCACCUGAGUGACCUGAAGGGGUGGAGCCAGGAUCCACCCCUUUCCAGCCCUCAUUUAAGGGUUGGCAGUGGAGGUAAAGGUAGAGAUUCUUGUCUACCUGAGGCUUUCCCAAGGUAAGCAGAUUUUCUUCUUUUGUUUCUGUGGCUGUUGUAGUGGAGCUUGUUCUCUUUCGUUGUAGUGUAGAAUUGUGUCAUCCUGCUAUUACUGCUGUACUUUCCAUCACAUUGUAGAUCUACAGCGUUACAAUUGUCAGCCUUAGUCCUGUGUGAUUUAUUGAUCCAGAUUUCCUGGCAAGUCUUUGCAGCUCCAGCCACUGUUCUUCAAUUCAUCACACAAUCUUUCUCAUCACAUUCUUUCACAUUUCUGUGUUUUGCUGUAAGACAGUGUGUGUGAUUGACUGUAGAUGGAAGAAUCUUAGCGUAUUUUGAUAUUACCUAUGAGCUGCUAUUGGUUUUUGUGUCAGAUCUUUUGGUGAGACCAAAGCUCUUGAGCAGAGACUGUAGAACAGCCUCCAAACCUCACAGGUCUGUUGUAGGGAGCAGCCCCACAUACCUGCUGGGAGAGCCACAGCCAGGCCUUGGGCUGCAUGAUGGCUUGUGUACAAGUGUCAGUGCCUCCCAGACCAACCUGGUAGGAGGUCUGUGAUAGCAUUGAACACAGCCAUGUGCCUUUUUCCAGGUGUGUAAUAAUAACACAGGGACCAGGGACCUCAUUCCUGUCCAGUGCUGCUGUAUGAGUCAGUGUCCCAACCUCAGUAUCAAAGGGGAUUUCUGGCUUUGUGCUUAUUUAUUUUUGUUUACUUUUAAUUUAAUUCUGUACUCGACUCCCCUAGAGAAGAUCACAAAGCUCCUGACAUCUGUACUCCUUCCCCAUCAGGUUGCAGUGAUGAACAGGGAGAUCUCUCACUUGAAGUGGCAAAGGUGUGUGCAGGGAGGUGUGGGUGAGAAGGGAAAGCAAAAACCACAGCAUUUCCUUCUGCUCUACUACUUUGCUGGCUUGUGCCAAGAGAUACUGGAAUCACUUGCUGAUGGGCCUGAAGUGCAGGCAGGAAGCAUCCUGGGGCUUUGAGUCAGUUGGUUCCAGCUGCAGGCAGGAAGCAUCCUCAUGCCUGUGUGAGAGCUCUGUGCCAGAUACAUCUUUACCUUGCUGUGCAAGCCUGCCUGGCUGGGUCUGCACUUCUCGUGCCCAGACUUUGUUGGGGCAACGCUGCAGAUCUCCCCAGGUCCCACUCUUUGAAUCUUUCACCCAAAGGCUGUACGAAUUUCCUGCUCCUACUAUGCUUGAAUACCUGCCAGUAGGUGUUGCUGCUAAGAGGUUUUUCAUGAGGCUGAAGUCUUCACCCACAGGAUCCAAACUGCUGGCUUAGAUCACAGAAACUGGAACAAGAGGAAGCCCUAUUAGUUGGGGGUGAAACACUUUGGGCUAGUAGUUAUUUUUCAGGAUGUUAACUUCUGGGUUUUGUUUUCUUAUGCUUCAGAGAGGUGAUUAAAUUAUUGAAGUGAUUAAAGUUUAUUUUAACAGCAUUAGCUAAGCUAAUGAAGCUGUGAUGCAGAAUAGGAAUCAUCUACUAAUGCAAUCCAGGGUGCUUUGUGUCUGCAUUGCUUGUGCUUUGCUGAAUCUUGAGCUAGGUUACCAUUGUAAGUCUGCAAUACUGAUAAAACUGUCCUCACUAGAAGGGAUUUGCACUUCUACUAUGCUGGCAUAGAUAAUAGGGACAAUAUCUUCAGUGCAGAUGAGGCACUGUGCCUUUGCACCUUAAAUAGCUUUAAGUCCCAAGAACUGCUUGCACUUGUUUGUUGUGUUUGUGAGCCUUUGUUGGAGCAGCUGCUCAUCUGGAAAAGCUAUCUGAUCUUUAUUGCCUCAUUCAAGUUUCAUCUGAAGUAGAAAUCAUUUUGAGUCUUGCCUUUUCUUUUGAGAUGAUUGCAAUGCUAAAAGUGAUGCCUCUGGUUAGGUACAAUGACUAAUAGUUAAUAUAUAUAUUUAGUUUAUAGCAUAAUUAGUACCUUUCUAUCGUAUUUCACAGAGAUAAAAUAAGGCACGUUGCUAUUUCUCUCAUGUGCAAAUAUACAGAAUCAAAUCUCCAUUGAGAAAGUGUACUGCCCAGAAUAUUUGAGUUCUGAGUCUGAGAGCUUUUAGUCCAGCUCCCAAAUUAUCUCAGGACUGUACAGGAUGAUGGGAAACCAAACAUUCUGCUGGACUUGGGUCCAAGAUUUUAAUGUCUAAUUUUUGACUUUAGGAAUGAAAUUUUGUGGUUUAGACGCAACUGAAACGUGCUUGUGGAGAGGUAAAGCUUCACUCUUUCUGAUAAGCACACUUAGGGGUGUUGUGUCAUCUACGUAUUGCUGACUUUACAUUUUCUCUAUCUGCUUGUUCUGUAUCAAUUGUCAUUUUAAAAUGCUGAUGUGCCUUACCGUCACUGCAGAAGACUGUUAAAAGAAGAAUUUUCUAUCAGAUAUGGGAAAAUCUUUGAGAUUUCUUUACCAUCAUUAAAAGAUAUUUAUGUUCUUUUCUGCUGUCA